CUGCGUCGCUCGGCGGCCCCGCGAGGCUUCGCGUUUCCGCUUCCGCCGGGGUUGCUAGGGCCGGCGCGGGGUUGCUAGGGAAGGCCUGCCCGCAGCAGGCUCGCGGCGCGCCAUGUCUGGGAGCCGGCUGGAGAAACUGGGCAGCGUCUUCACGCGGACGCGGGACUUGCUGCGUUCGGGAGCCAUGCCUGAAUCCAAGAAACCAAUCUGGUACGAUGUUUAUGCAGCUUUCCCUCCGUUGAGAGAGCCUCUUUAUCAGGACCCUCGUCCCCGGUAUGGCAAAGUGCAAGACGUGGUCCCCCCCAUCCUGUAUCCGGAAGAUGCAAUCAGAGCGAAGUUUUAUGCCGCAUAUGGGAAUGGCCCAAGAGCUUUUCAGCUUUCCCGCUCGAACUUCAAAUCUGCCUGCCAAAGGUUUGUGGAGAAAUACACCGAACUGCAGAAACAAGGAGAAGUGGACGAUGAGAAACUGUUUGAGGAGACGGGGAGAGCGCUCUUGGCAGAGGGAAUCAUCUUACGAAGAAUAGCCAUGGGAAAUGUUGCACCCCAGGAAGCCACACCCAGGGAUCCGGCGUUGGGAAUGCCGCUCGGGAGCGUUUUGCAGGAGAUGCACGGGAGCCUGCAGGAGCCGGAGUCCACAGGCGCACAGCGAGAAGUGGAGGGGGAGAAAGACGACUCCUAAGUGGGGCUCUGCCUUGCCCUGGCCGGGACGGCGACACAACGCUCUGUGGGCCGACCCCCUGCCCCGUCGGCCGCCAGCCUUUUCACCCAGAGACCCUCCCGCCGGCAAGAGAAGGCCUGUCUCCCUCGCCAGUGGGGUUCCGCCCACCGCCUGCUUCCCGUGGUGCAAACCGUUGCAAAUGUGGGCUCCUUGCAGAAGGGAUCUCGCCUUGAGGCCUGGGGAAAGACUGCAUCAUGUCAAAAGUCUGUGUGUAUUCCAGUGAUUAAAAGUGUGUGUGUGUGGAAAUCA